UGAAUUUAAUCCCCUCUCCCUUGCCGGCUCCGUCGCGGGCACCCAGGAAACACCGCAAAAUUCUGACUCGUCCGUCCGUAACAAGACAAGAGCCCCAAUUGCAAAAAGGAUAAUUAUCAAUUAUCAAUUAUUUUUUUUCCUUUUUCUAUUUUUCCAUACAACUUGAAACCUAAUUAACCACUUCCCUGACCUUCCAAACCAUCCUAACAUAACAAGGUCAGUCUUUGAAACCCGUUAAUUUUUUUUUUUGCAAUUCUUCGAUUUGCGUUUUCGGCAAUUGGAUUCGAUUCGAUUUCCUUGCCCUAACCUAAACCCUUUCCCGAACAGUGCUCAUUGCACCUUAACAAGAGCUUCGGGUCUAUCCUCAAUCUUCAUGCGGCUUUUCCAAGGCUUUGAGGUGCAACUCUUCUUUGUAGCUGCAACUUCAACCGUUUUCGAGGGCGUUUCCCGAACAUGGAUUCGCGGAAAUGCAAAGCUUCUGCCCGGGCAUCUUCGCAGAGUGUUGCACCUCCUUUAGGUGUUUCAAAUCAGGUGGAUGAGAUGGUUCCUUCCCUAAGGGAUAUGGGAGCUGUUGUGGCUGAUGUGGAUAUAGACCUCAGGGAACUUUACUUUUUAAUCAUGCACUUUUUGUCUGCGGGGCCAUGCCGGAAGACUUUUCAACAUUUCAAGGAGGAACUUUUAGAGCAUCGGCUUCUACCUAGAAGAUAUCAUGCUUGGUUUUCGAGAACUGGUGAGCGCAGCGAGGAGGAUGAUGAUGAAGACGAUGAUGGCAUCUCUUUGCCUUUAGAUUACAACAAUUUAGCGGACAGGUAUCCUCACAUAACUAAGGAUCACUUGGUAAAGCUUCUGAAGCAAUUGAUGCUGACUACGGCCCAUCCUUUGUUUGGGAAACAUGGAGGAAGCAGUCCUAAUGCAGCUGACGUUCCUACUUUACUUGGAUACGGUUCAUUUUCACUUCUUGAUAGUACGUGAUAUGCUAUAUUGAUAGGAAAACUGCUGACAAGCAGGUGAAGCCCCCUCCACUUUACAUGCGUUGGCCACACAUGAAGGCUAAUCAGGUUCAGGGGCUA